AUGGCCUUUUACGUGAGACAUUCCAGACUUCCCAAGGACGAAGAUCAGACCACAGAGUUCAAAGGCCAUCGUAUGUUGUCCCCUGAGGAGAUUAACCCCAACAAUGUAAUCCAAGUUAAAAGCAAACUCCGUCGAACCCGGCAGUUUAUAUCCAAGUACAUUUGCGGGAUACUGAAUACUGGCAAAGGCGGGUCCAUGUAUCUCGGAGUUUUGGAUGAUGGGGUUGUCGAAGGCUUUGCGAUGUCAGUAUUUCAAAAAGAUCACUUCAAGCUAUCCCUGUUGUCCUGUCUCUCCAAUUUCAAGCCGCCCGUAGCUUCCCAUCUAUUCACCGUGAAAUUUGUCCCUGUAAUUGAGAGCUUCGACGACCCCGAAGCCAUUUUGGAAAAAGUCGAAAACUUCGAACAACGGUCAUUGAAAAGGACGUCUAUGGAUAGAGAGAGAGAGCACACCUUUCAGGUCCGAUAUUGCUGGUGUGAUGUGGAUGCUUUGGCGGCCUUUAACCAUGGCUCCCUUCUACCAUUCUACGUAAUUGAGAUCGUCAUUCCUCCGUGGAAUAUUAUGGAUCAGAAGAAUUUUGAGGCUUUUGGCCAGGAGAGGAAAGCAUCCAGCCUCCCCCCGAUCUUCACCUGUGAUGAUGGUCAAAUUUACUUGCGAUCAAAUACCUGUACCAGUAGCUGCUCUGUUGAAGAUGUCAUGAAAUAUGCCGCUGAAGGAUCGAUUUGAAACUGUAC